UGUUGUUAUUCGUCGCUCCCAUUUUACCGGGCGUCGCUCGCAUUUUUGCCUUGAAAUUCCUAAAUUGCCCCUUGGUUAUAUAUAGCCACGAGACUCCCGAACUACACAUUUCACACUUGAAUUUUCUCUCUCUAAAAUUUUCUCUCUCUAAAAUUUGUAAUCUCUCUAAAAAAACAGAUUUGUAAUUUUCUCCCAAAAAAAAACCAAAACCGAAAACAACCACAAUCGAGUUGCAAUGGCUGACCGGAGGCGCAUAAGGUUCACGCAUGGUGGUCGUGGCGGCGGUGGAUUUUCCGGCGAACAGAUUGAGGGUUCGGGAACUCGUCACGCAAUAUCUAGGCGUUUGAACGCCUCAGUUAGGCGGGAGUCAGGCCGUUUAGGAAAUACGGCCGAACCGUUCGAUCACCAGCAGCAGUAUGGGUAUGCUGGUAACUGGUCGGGGGAGCAGCAGCCAGAACGUAGCAUCCCCAUGUACUCGUCGGGUGGAGUGCCUUCACCUUCAUCUGACGAUGAGGACGACGAGGCAAGUCAGGCUUCCCGCGAUCAAGAGUAUGACCCUCGUUAUUAUCAUACGGUGCAACGGGGUCAGACUGGGAGAUUUGUCAGCAGUAGUCAAACCAGUCACCCUUCCACCAGCACAACAGAGGCAUGGGUAGUGCAGGAGGCAAUGCCAGGAGGUCCUGAGGAUGGGACCGUUAUCCCUAGCUUUGGGGGCACGUGGCUGCGUAUAUAUGGGGCGGGCAGGAGCGUAAUGUUUUGCGCUGUUUGGGCAGGACGCAGUUGUGUUCUGAGUUGGCGUUUGGAUUGGCCGCUGAUUUCAGCUUUUGUUGAGAGAUGGCAGCCAGAUAUGAACACGUUCCAUAUGCCAUUUGGGGAGAUUACGAUCAUGCUGCAUGAUGUGUACUACAUACUAGGGCUUUGUGUAGAUGGUAGCAUGGUGUCCGCUACUCCCAUCACGGACACCCUACGGGACGCAUGCUCGAUCACCAUGGACUUGACUGCACAGGAGCUGAAUGAGAAGAGCGUGCUGGGCGGAUGUCUGUUUCUGGACAAGAGUGGUAACCGUACUCAUCCGUCCUUCCUCAGCGAGCUUGUUGUGGAUGAUCUGCCGAUCGAUGAGUACUCUUGGGGUUCAGCUGUUCUAGCGUAUUUGUAUCGGCAGUUGGGUACGACAUCUAGGAAAGAUGCCAAUUCUAUCGCUGGUUGUCUCACACUUCUGCAGGCGUGGAUCUAUGAGUAUUUUCCAUGCUUCCGGCCUCAGCAGGGUACCUUGACUAGGGAGCUUAGUGUUCCGCGUGCCUCAGCUUGGGAUGUGGGAUCGGGAUGCCCCAACAAGAGCAUGGAGCGCCUCCUCGCAUUUCGAUCUAGAUUGGAUCAGCUGACCGAUAAUGAGGUUAACUGGCUCCCGUACGGGGUUGAUCCGACACGUCGUGUGCCAGCCACUUUAUUCAUCGACUGCAUCCAGUAUCGAGGUAUCAUUGAGCCAUACAUGCCUGAUCGAGUCGUUCGUCAGCUGGGAUUCGUGCAGGACAUUCUGCGGACCAUUAUCAGGCCUGAGAAGGCUAAGAGGCCGACGAACUUGAAGAUGUAUCGGGUAGAGUUCCCGACUGAGAUGACAUCAGUGAUGUGGACUCGGUUUGUCCCUGGUUCGUCGUUCAGUGUUGUUCCCGGUGCCCUUACCCGACUCGGCGGUGGAGCUCCUACGGUCGGUCCUGGUUACAUGCAGUGGCUCUACCGAUUUUCGCAUCCUCGUAUUUCUCCGGUUGGGUCUUCAGCUGGGGACAGACUUCCAGAGAGGACUAACACGGACUACUGGAUGGGUCGUUCCUUGGAGAUUCACCAUAGGGCACUGGCGGAGUAUCCCAGCAUGUCGCCUGACACGAGGGGGAUGACUGAGCAGCUGAUUUUGGACUGGCAGGCGAGGAUGGGGCUGUGAUCCACUUCUGUUUUUGUUUACCAUUA